UUAUGAACCGGGCAGUUCGUGUUGUCUUCCUCCUCCUCCUCCUCAGUGUACCCUGCCUCAGCAGCUGUCCUGUCUGUGCUGCAGCAGGAGCUCAGAGUUUAUUAUAAAGUUUAUUCUGAUUCAAAUGUCCCAGAUACGGUGCUGUACCUGCGCGGAGGUGAUUCUCCCAUAUUACUAACAUGUAUGAUCAACAGGUAAGCGUGUUGUAAGUUCACCUUUGUCCUGCUGCAGUUUAUGAUCUGUUAUCAAAGUCCACACUUGUUCUCAGAGGCUGGAUCUGUAUGCCUCGCGGUGCCACUGCAAACAAAGAGCCAUUAUUUCCACCCUGCGGCCCCGCACAGCGCACACUGACGCAUCCCGGAGCUGACGCGCUUCUCUCGGCUCCUGCACACAGACUGCGCCGGUAACAUGUUCCGAAACACGCUGCUGACCGGACUGAGACUGAACCGACGGCAUCAUGACGGGAUUCACAGAGUCACAGCCGGACUGAGUGUGAGGAUACAUGGAGACAUCCACCACCGAGACGCAUCCACCUCCACCUCCUCCACCACCGUGAUGGCUGACAGACUGAAGACUAUGGAUGAUUUAGGCGGCCCGAGUCUCCUGACCACCCUCUACUGGCUCUUUGUUAAAGGCUAUUUCCAAACGACGCAACAGAUGCAGAUCGAGCACAGCAGGAUGUACGGCCCUCUGUGGAAGUCAAAGUACGGCCCUUUGGUCGUGGUGAACGUGGCCAGCGCCGAGCUGAUAGAGCAGGUGCUGAGGCAGGAGGGGAGACUCCCGGUCCGGACAGACAUGCCCCACUGGAGGGGCUACAGAGAGCUCAGGAACAAGGCCCACGGCCCCCUGACUGAAAUGGGGGCCAACUGGCAGCGCAUCCGCAGCAUCCUGAACCCUCGGAUGUUGAAACCCAAACACGUCUCGUCCUACUCCAACACCAUCAACGAUGUGGUGACAGACUUCAUCGCCAGACUGGCCUGGCUGAGGGAGACCAGCGGCGGCGGAGUGAUGGUCAACAACCUGACGGAAGAACUCUACAAAUUUGCUUUUGAAGGGAUCUGCUCCGUGCUGUUUGAGACUCGUAUGGGCUGCAUGAACGAGGUCAUGCCCGAGGAAACCCAGAAGUUCAUCUUUUCCGUGGGGGAAAUGUUCCGCCUCUCCCCCAUCAUCGCCCUCUUCCCCAAGUCCCUCUGGCCCUACAUGCCUUUCUGGAAGAAGUUUGUGGCGGUCUGGGAUCAUCUCUUCAAAGUUGCUGAAGAUCUGGUGCAGAAGAAAAUGGAGGAGAUCCAGGAGAGGGUGCACCUGGACCAGAACGUGGAGGGAGCGUACCUCACACACCUGCUGCUCAGCGAUCAGAUGACGGUCACUGAGAUCCUGGGGAGCAUGACCGAACUCCUGCUUGCAGGAGUCGACACAACCUCCAACACCAUCUCGUGGGCUCUGUACAACUUGGCGAAGGAGCCAGAGAUCCAGGAACAGUUAUACCAGGAGGUGAUCAGUGUGUGUCCGGGGAACAAGGUGCCAAACAGUGAUGACAUCGCUCAGAUGCCGUACCUGAAGGCCAUCAUCAGAGAGACGUUACGGUUGUAUCCAGUGGUUCCAGGAAAUGCCCGCCUCACAGUUGAAAAUGAGAUUGUGGUUGGAGAUCAUCUCUUCCCCAAAAAAACGCUGUUCCACCUGUGCCACUACGCCGUGUCCUAUGAUGAGAGCAUCUUCCCCAACCCCCACGCCUUCCUGCCGCAGCGCUGGCUCCGAGGAUCCGAGGAGAAGUCCAGGCAGCACCCGUUUGGGUCGGUGCCGUUUGGUUUUGGGAUCCGGGCGUGUCUGGGCAGACGGGUGGCUGAGCUGGAGAUGUAUCUCCUCCUGUCCAGGGUGAUAAAACACUACGAGGUGAGGCCGGAUCCUGCAGGAACCAUCGUCGAGCCGAUCACCAGAACCCUGCUUUGUCCCGCUAAACCGAUCAACCUGCAGUUCCUGGACAGACGAGCUGAGCAGGAUCAGCUGAGAGUUUCUGUGUGAGCUGGUUUAGUAUUCACACUGCGUCCCCCGCCUGUCACAGAGCACUUGUUUAGAGAACAUUCACACGAUGAGGACCGACCGGCUGGAAUGCACCUUAAACUGUGGCUUCACAGACAUGAGCUGAAUGAAGAUGUAAUAUGGUGUGCAGUGAGGAUCACAAAGCUUUAUGUUUCAUGUAGAUAUAAUUACGUUAACCCUGCAGCAGCUCCUCCAGGAGUUUAUUUAGUUUCAGUUUCAGAGACGUGUUUGUUCAGUUGUCAGGGCCGUUGCCUCGCAGCAGAAAGUGUCCUGAGUCCAAACCUAAUAACAAGCUGGGUCCUUUCUGUCUGCAGUCUGCAUGUUCUCCUCAUGUUUCUGUCAGUUUCAUCAAGUCUCCCCAAAACAACUAAACACAUCUGUAUUUUUAGUAAUGAUCAACAAAAGUGAUGAAAAGACCAAAAAUAAAAACUUGAAAUACUUAAAGCCUCCCCCACUCUCUCUCUGUGGCAUCAAAUCCAUGUCCAUCAGUUUCAACUGUACUGGGGCGCAGCAAAGAGGGGGGGGGUUUAGGGGCCCCAGCCCCCGAAAUUUUUCUUAAAAGCCCCUGAAGUCCGUAAAGAUAUUUAAUGUAACUGAAUAAAUGCUCUGAUGUUGUUCUUUUGUACAUGUUAAAAGAACACUUCACCCACAAACUGACCAUUUGGAUUUCAAAUACUUGUCACAUGUUUGUGUUUUGUGUCUUGCGACCGCGUCCCUCGGGCUGGUCCUGUGGGGGGUCCUGCAGGACUACAGAGUACUGGUUUUGCUGCUACGAGAACAUCCGGUC